AUGUCCAAUCUCAGUAGAGAUGUUCUUUAUAUGUUAUUCGAACUGCUGCAAGAUGAUAAAAAUACUCUUUAUUCAUGCCUUUUAGUUAAUAGAACUUGGUGUGAAAUAAUUAUUCCAAUUUUAUGGAGAAACCCUUGGAAAUUCUCAAAAAAGAAAGAUAGAUUAUCAAGUGUAAUCAUUUUACACUUAUCGAACGUAUCAAGAAAUAAAAUAGGAAAUCAUAAUUUAUUGACAAAUUCUUAUCAAAAACCUUCACUUAAUUAUAUUAAAUAUUGUAAACAUUUAGAUUUAAAUGAAAUACAUAAAAUGUUCUGUAAAGAAUCUUUUAUAAAAAUUCUAAAUGAGAUAUUAAGUCUCUUUAUUAACAAAAAUAUGAAAUUUACUCACCUUUAUAUACAUCAAAAAUUUGGCAAAAUAAACCUUAUUCAUGGAGCUGAAAGUUGCUUUUCAAGAAUUGAAUUCCUUAGUUUCAGUUCUGAUAUAAAUGAUACCAUCUUAUCUAAAUUAAUAGAAACAUGUAAAUCAAUUAAAAAAUUAGAGCUUAUUAUUAGGGCAAAUAAUCAUAAUUAUAGAGUUGUUAAAUUGAUCGAAGCUCAAAAGAAAUUAUUUAAUGUUUGCUUAGUUCCUUUACGCAACAAUGAUCCAUUUCGUAAUAUUCUUGAAAAUUCGUUGGUCAAACAUGCAAAUACCAUACAAUAUUUUAAGAUAACAGAACGACCUACUACAAAUAUUCUCUCUUCUUUUGUAAAUUUAAAAGGAUUAGAAAUAGAUAGUGAUUACUAUUUCAAUAGUGAAUGGAAAUGUUUGAAGAAUUUAUCUUUAUUUUCCUUACAAAUUUUAAAAACUAGUCGAGUUCCAAUUAAUCCUUUAACAGAUUUAAUUAAAAACACAAACGGAUUUCUUUUUGAAAUAAUUAUUGACGAUAUACACCACAAUGAAGUUGAUAAUAAAAGAAUCAUUCAGGCCAUUUCUCAAAAUUGUUCCAAUCUUAAAUAUCUUAAACUAUUUGUUAGGAGUAAUAACAUUGUAGAAUUUGAAACAUUGUUAAUUAAUUGUCAGUAUUUAAAAGGAGUAUAUAUCCUUCUUAGUGAUAAUUAUUUUAAAUGGGGAAAGUUAUUCAAAAUAUUAACUAAAUCAUCAUCAACUAGUUUGUUUAGAUUCAAAUUUAAUUUACUGCCUAGAAUAAAAUCCUUAAAAUGGUUUUUUGAUAAUUGGAAAGGUAGACAUCCUAUGUUUUUACAAUUCAUCAAGGAAUUAGAAUAUAUGGAAGAAGACUUGAUAGGAUUAGUAGAAAAAUAUAAGGUAGAAGGAGUAGUUAAAAAAUUUGAUAUUGGAUGUUAUUACCAGGAUUUUGAAUGGAUCUAA